GUACCAAAAUCAUGCUUCUAACACCUCUCCACCUCAUAUCCAGCCAACUUUCCUCACCCACAACCUACAACGAUGGCUGGGUCCUCCAUCCUUCUGAAGAUUACAAUCACUGGGCUCAACGAAACAGGUUUCAAGUCAACGAUACUCUCUAUUUCAGGUACAAGAAAGGAAGCGACUCUGUGUUAAUCGUGACGAAGGAUGAUUUCGACUCCUGCAACAUAAAAAACCCUAUCAAGUCACUCACCGACGGCAACUCCACUUUCGUCUUUGACCGUUCUGGUCCGUUCUUCUUCAUCUCUGGAAAUUCCGAUAACUGCAACAACGGCCAGAAGUUGGUUAUCGUCGUUAUGGCCGUGAGAAACAAAACCCACCACCACCAACAGCCUUCUCCCGCUCCUUCUCCAGUCGUCGUCGCCACUCCUCCUGCUUCUCCGUCUUUGGUGCCGGAGGCUCCAGCAGGGUCGCCCCGCCCCGACUGGGGCCCAAGUGGUUUCGGUGCCCCGUCCCCCGGCCCCGUAGACAACAAUUCGGGCUCGACCCGUUUGGUCGGUGGCCGUUCAGGAAUUGUCUUGGGGAUUAUUGUUCUGGGUUUUAUUGGGACUAUAUUGAUUUAAUUUAUGAUGUUCAUGUUUUCUUUAGUCUUUGGUGAAUG